AUGAUGUGGUCUGAUGAAUGGAAACAAAUAGUGGGUUGUGGUGUGGAAAAAAAAAUAAUAACUCACGAAAAACUUAUACGAGCACCGGAACGAGAUAUUAAUAGUGUGGGAGAUAUGUCAACAGUAUUGGUGACCACUGGUGCCACAGUCACGUUUAGAGAGCUAAUUGAAAUUGUAGCCAGUGCCAAAUUUAUUACAACAUUGGUUGAUUUGGGCGUGUCGAAACUACUCAUUCAAUAUGGCAACGAAAUAAAAGGGUCGCACAUCAGCCGUCAGUUCUUUCAAGAUCAAUUGAAAAAGAGCAACAUCGUAAAAGAGUUUGGAUUCACCGUAGAAAAUAACAUCAGGGAUAAUACAACGAUAUUAACGAACAGCGAUCUUGAUAUUACCGCAUUUCCCUUUUCACCUCAAAUCCAAGAAUACAUCAAACAAGCAGACAUUGUAAUUUCACACGCAGGUACAGGUUCAAUAAUCGACACAUUACGCCAUCACAAAAAGUUACUUGUCGUAGUCAACAAUCAACUUAUGGAUAAUCAUCAAGAAGAAAUUGCCAACGAAUUUGCUAAAAUGAACUACUGCGCUAAAUGCAAUUGUGAUGAUGAUUUCAAGUCAAUAUUGGAAACCGUGCAGACACAAGAGUUUGACAAGUUCCCUGAGAGUGAUGGUCGCAUUUUGGAAAGUAUACUUGCGGAGGAGUUGGGUUGA